CAUUUGCCUUAAUUGCUGACAUGGAUGUCUGACAUUACCUGCUUUUACAAUCAAGCCGUACUUGCAUUUCAGUUUCAAUUCUGAAUUGUUCUACAUCGCCCCAGUGAGUCGUUGCUCAAUGAGUCACUGCUGUCAGGUGCAAAAUGUGCCAACAGGUGUGUUGUGGGUUGUUUCAGGUGACUUCGGAAGUCUGCAGAUGCCCUACCUAGACGGCAAGGCACCACUACCCAGUGAGGAUGCUGGUCUGCACUGGGCCUGGGUGGCACUGCCCAUCCUAAUGAUGAUGCUCACUAUCGCCGCCCUGCUGUUGGUCAACCAGCGUAAGCAGUGGAUCCCUGUGCCUUGUUACCGCACUCCCAAUAAGUCCACAUGUCUCAAUAACCAGCUGGUGUAUGUGGACUGCCAGAAGGGGACGAAGGUCCAGGUGGACAGCUCCCAACGCAUGCUCCGCAUUGCAGAUCCUGACUCAAGAUACAGCGGUUACUACAGCAUGCAGAAAAACAACAACCUGCAAGCUGACAACUUCUACCAGACCGCGUGAGACACAGGAGAGAGAGAGAGAGUGAGUGAACGAGAAAGAGAGAGACUGAGCCCGUGUUCAGCUGCCAAACCUUUGCGCACAUGGACACCUACUAACAAAACUGUAGAGAUGGACAAAGCCACCAAACCAAGUGGUCAGAGAAGAGACCCUGAUACCGAAUAACAAUUAUAAUAUUCACAUAAGUCACUCCAAACAAAUCGAAAAAAUAUAUCACACGUCGACACCCGAAAGUCUCACCAGGAGAUGGAAGCCGCACCUAUGUAACCGAACCAUUACGGAGUGUGAUUGUUAAAUUGGAGAGGACUCUUCCAGAAUAUUUUUGUGAAUCAGAGGUAUGGUAGGUUGAGCAUCAUUUGUGUGUAAGCGUGAGAUUUCGUGGAUGUUCAGGCACAAGUUGAAGGUAGUCGUGAAGUCAAAUGAACGUUUUUGGGAUUAGGACAACUGGGGUGUUGUUUUUGUUUGUUUGUUUUCAACAAUAUUUUUCCUGCAUUCCUAACUUUUUCUGUUGGAAAAGAGAGAAAUUAUUUUAGGAGUGAUAACUUUUGACACAUGUGCUUGUGUGAACACUUA